AUGUCUAUGCCAUCCGAAUCUAAUGAUGAACGAUCCUUGUUUCUUCAAAUCCCUGCUUCAAAUUCGGAUGAUUCCAUGUUACUUCCAAACCACAAAAUUAGAAGGCAAAUAGCCCUAGACAGGAUUAUUAACAAAAUAGGAAUGGGAAAAUUUCAAAAGCAAUUGUUGUUGUUAUGUGGGUUAGGAUGGCUCGCUGAUAAU